UUGUGUGCUUCUUCCAUCUGAAUUUUAUUUACCCACACAAAUAGUUGUGCAUGCGAAAUUAGGGUAAGCGAACCUCUUCUGGCGUAAAAACCCAAAAAUUGGUACGAUCGAUUCCUAUUGCUCUUUCAUAUCAAUCCAUAUCCUGUGCAAAUUCACUAGAAUGCAAGUUUAGUUUCUUUUUUGGCAUUCAUUUUAUGAGUUGAAAAGAAUUUUCAUGGAUUUCAUCGUUUUGCCUACUUUGCACAUGAUGCUAACGUGCAAAUUUUGAUCAGUGUAUGAACAUUGAUUCAGUAUACCUAUAACAGGUACAAAUGUCAUAACGGGUACACUCACACUUAACUGCAUACAAACACAUUCGCACUGAUAAGCUUACCGUCCGUAUUCUUGAAUGAAUGUCACGCUAUAGUUUACCCAAACCAGCAACUUAAAAACAUAAGUCAUCAGCUUAUUUGUUAGCACAUUUAUGCACAUCUUCUUCGAGUCGAAACAAUAACCUAGCGGGAUUACGAGUUCGAAGUCAGAUUCAGUGUCAGACCGUUUUCCGGUUAGAUUUUGAUUCGAUUGAAAGUGAAAGUAUUAUCGUUGAGAUCGUACUGAAAAUGGCACCACGUUUUGAAAUCUUACCAGUUCAGUCAACCCAGAGCGAUUCCGACCGGAUAUCGGAUGGCGAAUCAAUCGAAAUCAUCGACGAUCCGGAAGACGUGACAACGAAUCGUUCGUUGACAGCCGGCGAGGCCGAUCUUGUGCAGAACGGGAACGCAGAAAACGUCGUGGAAGAAUCUCCAGCAAUUGAAAUCGCCGAAUCCAUCGUGACCAACGAGCUUAGUGGUGAAGUUACUGAGAGUUUUGUAUUGGUCGAACAGGGAAAUGAGUGUUCGGAGGAAAAGGAACCGAUCAAUGGCGAAAGCAGUGAAUCUGAUGAUCACGGAACUAAUGAAAACAAUCAAACAGCCGGUUCACCGCAAGGAAACGAAUCUGCAGAAGUGGACGGUGAAGAACCUUCGAGUAGUUUGAUCAAUCGUGUGGUGGCAUCGUGUGGUGGCAUCGCCUUCAAUGAUGUCUUUCUAAUUCCGAUUGAUUCGCAAAGCAUCGAACCGGAAAGAGAAAUACUAAAGACAUUGAAUUUAGUAGGCAAAUUUUCCUUCGGAAAUGAACAAAUCAAAAUCAAACCUCCUUCGUCCAUGAGAAGAGUUGACCAGCUUGGAUAUUCCGCUAGGAUCCGAUACGAAAGUAUCGUGAUUAAACUGUGCAACGAAGGCAGUUUGAUGUUGGCGGAUGAUAAUUUUAUGGCAAAAGUAAGAUUAGUCACUCCAAGGAUGCUCCGUGAGACGACCAACUUCUUCCAGGCGAAGGAGGUUUUACUGCAACAGCUUCGGAUCGAGAAAGUGCUGCAGGAUGAUUUGUCGACUAGAAGUCAUCGACCCGCAUUUCUCACGGCUAUCAAAGAUGCGUUGAAAAUAUCCCCAACUGACGAUCAGUCCAUCAUUAAUUGCAUCCAGUUGUCCUUCAUUCUGACAGUGACUCUGAGAAAUCAAACUCGCCAAGCAUUGUGUAGUGAAAUAAUCAACAAUUCGAUGAUCUCUGCCAACUUGAGACAAUCUGCUUCCGCUUUAAACGUAGCUGAAAAUCGUGUUCAGACUAGGAAUCGAGUACUGUCCCGUUUCGGAUCGUUAUCGCCGAAUGAAUCCGAUCAGAACCUAUUCGACGCAAUCAACCGGAUGUUGAAAUCGUCUCUUGCGGAUUACAAAAAAAGUCUUCUGGAAAAAGCUCCAAAAUACUUGCAGGAUCCCAUUGCAAGUAUUAGUCAACUGAAAACCUUACUUGUUCCGGUCAAUGAUGUAAAACUAUUCACGGAUCUGAGUGGUUCUUUGAGCGAGGAUAUCUUCCGGAAACCGCUUGCCGAUCUUGCCGCGCGAUGGAUCGCCAAUAUCAAGUCGAUGAAUGUCAAGAACAUAAAAAGUGUGGUGGUUCAAACCAAUCCAAUCUAUUACUUCCUGUGCCGGAGUUUGAACGAGCUAAUUGUUGAGAUUAGUGACAGAACCGAUCAUAAACCAGUGGAUCUGCUGACUAGCAACAACAGCUCCGGGUGGCAUCCAAUCAAGAAGAUCAACUGGAAGUUGGAAACUUCCUUGACAAAAUGUCUCGAACGGGAAUACUAUUUCCUAUUUAAAUUGCUGAAACAUUUCUCUCUAUGUCCCAGUGGCAGUCGCAAACGGUUUGAGUACGAAAUGAAACUGUUGAAUGGCCCAGCACAGAAAGCCGUGUGGACGAAGUUUGUGGCAGGCACAAAAAAGGUUCUCCGAAUUCAUAAACCGGCAGAGAACUCUCUUCCCAUUGCGGAUGAAUUCUACGUUUGGUGCAGUUUGCUCGAUGAUGUACUAGCUCAUGUACUGCCACGAGAAUGUGAAUUGGAAAAUUUUGCCACCAUUUUCCAAAGUUACCUGGACUUCCUGUGCCACGUGGGUCACGAUCAGCUGGAAAGUUUGCGGGUUAUCACUCACAAUACGGCUCGCUUCAUCGUUCAAACCGUACCGUACGUGUCGGUGAAGGAUAGUUCCGUUAUCGACCGGCAGAUCCUACAGAAACAGCUGAAUAUUAUCAACUUGAAAACUCCGUCAUCGAACAACUUCCGCGAUCUGAUUGAUGUGUUCAAUAUGUACUGGAAAAACAGAGAAGAUAUCAUUUCGAUUCUACCUUCCAAAAUCAAUCUACCGGCAAUGACGACUCUUAGGAACGGUUUGGUGGAGAUUGUAUUGGAGGCGUUAGGGAAAAGCGUACCUUCGGAGGAAAUGAUCGCGUUCUUUCGAACGUACAGCGAUCUGUUGGGUGAUCUGAACGAUGUUCCGUUCGAGUGGUAUGUGAAAACGAUUUCCGACGACAAGCACCAGAAAUCGUUGAUCGAUCUCAGUCUGAUUGAACCGUUCGAUAACAAAUGGAUAAAUACGAAGAAUAUGACCUACCGAGUUAUCAACCCGGAAAAAUUUGCCAAAUUAGUUCCCAUCAUAUUCGAAGGACUUCCUGAACCGAAGCACUACGUGAUCGAGGUUCUACUGGCUUUACUUUCGAACAUCAAACAGCAACUCGGCAAAACACGUUGGGAAUCCGGUGAAACGCUAUCGCAAACCGAUCAAAUCCGUUCAACGAACGAAUCGAUUUCCGCUGUUCGGAACUCGUUCCUGUAUUUACCGGAACUACCGGAUUACGUUUCUUUCGAACUGUUCUACGAUGAGCGAACCAAACCGUUCGCCAGUGCCAUGGCCAGGAGCAGAUCCUGUCGCGAUUUUACCACAAGAGUUUCCCUGAUUAAGGAGUCGUUCUGGCAUAUUCGGAAACAGAAUGAGAUGGACGUGGAACGGGCGCUAGAACUGUUCCGCCAGUUGAACACCGCCGUCAACGAUGAACUGCUUCGAAACGCAUAUUUCCAGUACACCGAGAGCUUCAAUCGUUUUAUGCAGUUGUCGGGUCAAGAACAAACAACACCGAGCCCAAUCAGGAUUGCCGCACAGAUUCUGGAGCUCGUUUCCGUUGCACCGUUUGAAAGUUGGACACCGGAAUUCAAGCAGAAAAAACUGCCGGAAAUUCUUGCGGGAUUGGCAGCCGUCUGGUCCAUCGUGGUCUCGAAGGAUGUCUCCAGUACGGGCAAUUACCUUACCCCACACUGCGUUCAGAUCCUGUGCAUUCUGAGACUACUGAGCGUGGACCGAACGGAGAACGGAGUCGCCAAACAUCUGACGGAGAUUUUGACGGGACAGGGAAAGUCUCUGGUGUUGGGUCUGAUGGCUGCGCUAUUUGCGUUGACCGGUCACAAGCCGCAGAUUGUUUGCUACAAUCGGUAUUUGGUAACAAGAGAUGAAUACGAUUUCACGCCGUUCUUCGAAAUGUUGAACAUCAAAAACAGUAUCAGCUACAAAACGUAUGAAACCAUGGCAAAUGAGCUCAUUGCUCCUAUCAUCGAUGGUAAACCAAUGGGGUUAAGGGGUUUGGUAAGGGAUACGCUAUUGAAGGACAUAAAUCUUGAUCACAGUAAGCUAGUUUCCGAGAAUUCAUCUAAUUCGGUCCUGUUGAUCGAUGAAGUCGAUGUAUUUUUCACUAAACAGUUUUACGGAAGCUCAUUUUAUCCGGUAGCUCGAGUAAUGUUGCCCGGUUUAGAGCUUAUUCAAGAGAAAAUUUGGAGUCUUGUUACUGUAAAACCCUCGUUAACAUCGGAAUCGAUUGAGCAAAGUAUUAGCGAUUACGUCAAAUCAACCCCCAUUACAGAGCAAAAGGACUUCCAAAAUUUCUUAGCUAGAAAAAAACCGUACGAUUUAUUGACAAUCGAGAAUAACAAAUAUAAAACAAAACAAUAUACAAACAAAAUCUUGUUCGAAGAACAUCUUCGUAAAAUGAUCAAAUGUGCCAUUGAAGUGAAUAGUUAUUCAGCUAUCGUGGAUCAUAAGCUCAGUGAUAGCGGUAAUAUCCUCGCCAAAUACAGGGAAACAUUUGUCAAUGAUACAAUUUUCCAAUAUUACACGAUUUUCAGUUAUUUCCGUCUGCGAAAGACAAAUUUUGUCGUGAGCGAUAACUCGAACGUAAAUUACGGUUAUUUCAAUCUGAGGUGUGGCUCCAUUUCCUACUCAAUGCUCCCGAGACGAUUUCCACUUAUUUUGGGUGUUUCCGGCACGAUAACUGCACUAAACCAACACGAAAGAAUCUCAAUCGACGACGUGUACUGCAUCCGCCAACUGUCGUCAAUGCCAAGCUUUUUCGGCUGUUCGAAUCUUCAGUUCGAUCCGACGACCAACUUCCAACGACUGGUGAGCAAAUCGGAAUGGUUGAAUGCCAUUUUCGGUCGAGCCAACGCCAUACUCGCAGCUAAACGAUCAGUUCUGGUGGUAUUCGAGAGCGACAAUGAAUUGAAUCGAUUCCAUGAGGAAUAUUCUGGCCAGUUCGAUCGAGUCAACGUUCUGACGGAAAAUACAGAUUCGACACGAAUGGAGCGGUUCGUUGAGGAGGCAGGUGUUGCGAGAACGAUCACUUUGGCAACUCGCGGCAUGGGACGCGGGGUCGACUAUAAAUCCAGUGUUUCCACCGAAAAACACGGAGGCAUUCACGUGAUUCAAACAUUCUUUUCACUGGAUCUGAAGGAGGAAGUUCAAAUAAAAGGUCGCACGGCUCGCAAGGACAACCGCGGUAGCUACGAGCUGAUCGUCUGCCAAGCUGAUCUCGAGAGGGUCGAUUUACUCCGGAAGGUUCGUGAGGUCAACUAUCGCCAACUGAACGAAGCAAGGCUGGAUUUGGCGUUGAAACAGAACGAACAGAUUCUGAAGGACAUAGCCAGUGAAAGCGAGGAUCACGAAGUGACAAUGCGAUACAUGAAAACAUAUUUCCGAACAUAGUGAAUAUAAUAAAAACUACAUUUUCAAACUGUUAUCCGUUGUUUGCAUUCAAUUUCUAAUGCGAUUGUCUAUCAAAUUAUUGGUUUGUCCUUGUAAACUUUGAAUCAUCUCGCCUUUUUGCCUGAGGUCAUGGUUAAUGGUCGUCACAUCACUGAUAUUGUGGCCGAACGGUCGUUC